CGGGCCAGCAGCAAGCACGCAGAACCGUGCAGUCGAGACUACUUGAGAUGGGCGAAGUCACAGAGGAGCACACCGUAGGGUCGACCCUCGCACCGUCGCGGAGUUCUCAAAUAGAGGAGAAGGAGGUCGAGGAAAAGGCUGAGUUCGAAACAGGCAUGGUGACGACCAAAACUGGCGAUCCAGAAACACAGCAAGUUGCUCAGGCGCCGAGGACUGACUUCCCAGAGGGUGGUUGGCAGGGGUGGGCUACAGUAGCGGGAGCAUUUUUAAUACAGUUUUGUGGAUUUGGUUACACGACUUCAUUCGGUGUUUAUCAAGAUUAUUAUGUGCAAGUAUAUAUGACCAAGGAGACCGCCUCGACAAUAUCAUCUCUGUGUAGAUGGAUAGGCAGCGUAAAUGCUUUUAUCGUUGUUGGGUUCGGUAUCUUUGCCGGUCAGCUAUAUGACCGUGGGCACUUCAAGCUCGCAAUCUAUCUCGGCUCUUUCCUCCUCGUACUCGGUCUGUUCAUGCUUUCCCUUGCAAAACCGAACCAGUUCUACCAAGUCUUCCUCAGCCAAGGCGUCUGUGUAGGCAUCGGCGCCGGGCUGCUCUACAUUCCCUCAAUCGCCGUUAUCUCGCAUUACUUUAACAGGCGGCGCGUACUCGCAAUGUCCAUCGUCGCGGCGGGCUCUUCGCUCGGCUCGAUCAUCCACCCAAUCAUGCUCAACAACACCCUUAACUCGUCGCUUGGCUUCGGCAACUCUGUGCGCGCGAGUGCGGGGCUCGUCACAGUCAUGCUCCUGCUUUCGAUCGCCCUCAUGAAACCGCGUCUACCACCCCCUGCGCACACAAUGCCGCUCAUACCUGCAAUGAAGAAGUUCUCGAGGGAUAGUGCCUACGUGUGGACGUCGGCUGGGCUCUUCUUGGUAACCACCGGUUUCUACUAUCCGUUGUACUACCUCCAGCUUGACGCCUCUGAGCACAAUUUGAGCAAGGACUUUUCCUUCUACUGCCUCGUCAUCCUCAACUUUUCCUCGUUAGUCGGCCGAAUUUCCUCCGGAUUCGUAGCACAAAAAAUCGGCGGGCCUAUCGGGAUCACCUUCUCCGCCAUGUGCUGCUCCGCGGUCAUCUUGGCCAUGAUCGGCAUAAAGACCGUCACGAGCGUCGUACUCGUCGCAAUAUUCUUUGGCUUCUUUGCUGGAUCGUAUAUCGCGCUGAAUGCCCCGGUGCUGGCGGUGCUGGCAGACAACUUUGGCGAAAUUGGAGCGCGGAUGGGGGUCGCAUUCGCAGCAGCAGCAUUCGGUGGUUUAAUUGGCUCGCCGAUUGCCGGUGCCCUGCUCGGCGACUCCAACACGUGGUGGAAGCCUGCCAUAUUCGCAGGAACUGUGACAUUCUCCGGCUUCGCCUGCCUCUUAAUGGCUUGCACCGUGCUCCUCAAGCGCGGCAAGCUCAUUCCGCACCAUCCGCGAUAACUUCGCUCUUCCAGGUCGCUUAUAUGAUGUGUCGACUUAUACUGCAAUACCA